AUGCGCUACCGUGAAAUACAAGAGGUUAUGAGGGGGUGCAGGGGGAGGCGCAGCCCGGCCUCAAAAGCAUCAAUGGUCAUAGAACACAAGCCCUAUGAUCACAAAGCUGAUGUUUUUAGCUUUGGAAUUGUAAUGUGGGAGUUGCUUACAGCUAAGCUCCCAAAUGAAUACCUAACCCCACUUCAAGCAGCCGUAGGCGUUGUUCAAAAGGGUUUGAGGCCUACCUUACCAAAGAAUACUCAUCCAAAGCUUGAUGAGCUGCUGCACAAGUGUUGGCAACAAGAUCCAACUGCCAGGCCUGACUUCUCAGAAAUAUUGGAGAUACUACAGCUUAUUGCUAAAGAGGUCGAAGAUGAAUCCGAUGACUGCCGUAAGGAUAAGUCAUCAGGUGGAUUUCUUUCUGUUCUACGACGUGGCCACUGAAACUUCAUUUGAUCAAAAUGUAGGUACGAUCUCAUCACCGGCAAUUUCCAGCCAUAGAUAGAGAUAGUACCUUAAAACUGUACAGUGUUCAAAUUUCAUGGCUUGUUUUUCCUGGUUCUUAAUUUUUAUGCUUUUAAUUCUUUUCUCUGUGUUUUUGUUAUUUGUUACCACUUCGUAAGGUGGAAUGUGAUGAGUAGGAGGACUCUUGUUUUUUUUUGUCGUCUAACAAUUCAUUUCAGUAUGUUAGACUUAAAUAUAUUCUUUAA